UCAUAUACUUCACAUAGAAAAACAUGUAUUUAAAGUCAGUACUGAUACAAAUUUGGUUACAUAUAUAAUAGAAGCUGAAAAGUGUUAAGUGUGUAUUGUUUUUUAGAACUGUAACAAAAAACCGUUAAGAUGUCUAGUGAUAGUUCCAGCAUAGAUAUUCCUGACAACUUUAGGUAUGGAAACCAAAAUCAAAUUGAAAGCUACGACCCACUGGCACCUGCUCCAUAUGCUGAUACCUACAAAAUGAACCACUUGAAAAGAGGCACUGCUAUUAUUUUCAACCACGUCAACUUUGACAUAUCUGAGGACGCAAAGAGAGAGGGAUCCGACAAAGACAGAGAUGAUUUAAUCAAGAUGUUUCAGAUUUUGGAUUUUAAUGUUUUGAAGCACAACGAUCUAACAGUUCGGGAAAUCAAAAAAGUGCUAGUGACAGUAUCUACAAUGGAUCAUACUGAUUCUGACUGCCUCGUCGUAGUAGUACUGAGUCAUGGAGAAAAUGGCACAUUGCAUGCAAGAGAUGGGGAAUAUCCUACUAACAUUAUUUGGAAAUAUUUUACACCAAGCUAUUGCCCUACACUGGCAGGCAAACCUAAAUUAUUCUUCAUCCAGGCCUGCAGAGGAAGUAAACUACACAACUCUGUAACCAUUCCUUACAAAACCAACAGAACAGAAGAAGACAGUUCUUCUGCUGACGGAUAUUAUUCUAUACCAGUAAUGGCCGACAUUCUGGUAAUGUAUUCCACUGUUGAAGGUUACUAUUCUUGGAGAAAUCCCGACAAGGGAGGAUAUUUUAUUCAGUCCCUAGUGAAACAAAUCAAACUACAUCACAGAACUAGAGAUCUGUUGACGAUUCUCACUUUUGUCAACCGUGAAGUCGCUAUAGAUUUCACCUCACAUCAACCAACCUUGCCUGAAUACAGCGGGAAGAAACAAAUGUGCUCUAUUGUUAGUAUGUUGACGAGGCUACUGUAUUUUGUUGAAUAAAGUUGAUAAUUUCUUA